ACACGACAGCUCAUCAAAACACAAGAACUUGGGUUGAGAAGCAGGAUUUGGUAGGUUUGCCAUAACAGCUAAAGCCUGUUAAAUGAUGAUGGUAUGGUAACAAUUUAGCGCCAUGAUUGGACCAAUUGUAUACUUCACCUUAAUUCUUCUCACAGUUGUCUGUGCUGCCUUCCAAUAUGUGGCCCAUAGACUUCGCCGAGAUGCGUCCAUUGGAAACAAUCCAAUGUUUAUCAAGUUUCAGCGUGGCUAUUUUGCAGCCUACUUGAUGGCAAUGUUUGCAGACUGGUUACAAGGUCCUUACCUUUAUAAAUUAUACCAUCACUAUGGUUUCCAAGAGGAACAAAUUGCCAUUUUAUAUGUGUUUGGAUUUGCUUCCACUGUUUUACUUGGAACUUGGACUCCAAUUGCUGCAGACCAAUUUGGGCGAAAGAAGUUAUGCAUGUCAUUCACAGUUUUAUAUUCUGUUUCUUGUAUUUUAAAGCUGUCAAGGAGUUAUGGGAUUCUUUUGAUUGGCAGAAUUUUAGGUGGAAUUGCUACAUCAGUUUUAUUCUCAGCCUUUGAAGCAUGGUAUGUUCAUGAACAUGUGGAAACACAUGACUUUCCUAAAGAAUGGAUCGCAGUAACAUUUGCAAAAGCAUCCUUUUGGAAUGGUUUGAUGGCCAUUUUAGCAGGGUUUACAACAAAUGUUCUCUGUGACUGGAUGGGAUUCGGACCUGUUGCUCCAUACAUAUUGGCAAUACCAUUCUUGAUAAUAGCUGGUGUGAUUGUUAUGUACACAUGGAAUGAGAAUUAUAGUGGACACACAAUCAAGUUUCGAAAGUUGUGCGGUGAAGGUUUUAAAAGCAUCGUGACAGAGGAAAAAAUAUUUAUGUUAGGAGCUAUAGAAUCUCUCUUUGAGAGUGUCAUAUACAUUAUUAUUUUCUUAUGGACACCCAUUUUAGAACCGACAAAACCUAUGUUAGGGGUUGUUUUUUCGACAUUUAUGAUAAGUAUAUUGACAGGACAGGCAUUCUUCCAGGUGAUGUCUUUGCGGAAGAAAAUGUCCACAACUGUUUUACUCAUGACAUCCAUUUCAAUAGCCCUUUUUGCUAAUUUUUUGUUGAUUUAUUCCACUCAUCCUGGUACUCUCGACUACAGUCUAUCCUUUUCUGCUUUCGUGGUGUUUGAAAUUGCUGUAGGCAUUUAUUUUCCCUCCAUGGGAUUUCUCCGUUCCAGAAUCAUUCCAGACACUCAUCGUUGGAGCAUCAUGAACUGGUUCCGUGUUCCGAUUAAUCUGAUCGCAUGCGCAGUGUUGUUACUGCUUCACGAGGACGUUUUCCGUCAUGGAAAUCAAAUGAUUUUUGUGAUCUGUGCCGUUUUGUUGUUCUUGGCAAUCCUUAGUGGUGUUCGAUUUAAAACUCUUACAAAAGGUGAUGAGAGUUUGGAACAAGAGGCAGGAUGGCAAGAAAGUGAUCAUAUUCACAAUAUCUUUUGAAAAGGUUUUGUGUAUCUUUAUAUAAAGUAUAAUUCAACCGAUUGAUGUAAUGCACAUUAUUGUCAAUCAGUAUAUACACAUGCGUAUAUAUGUUUUUUUUUUAAUUGAAACAAU